AAUACACAAGCAAUCAAAGCAAUUGCAAGAAGCAAGCUCUUACUUCAGCACCAAAUGCCAAAAUCUGCAUUCGCUGCCAAAUUAUGCUUAUAAAUUCUUUGAUUUGCUCUGUGAAGCAUUCGCAGCUUGUCUAUAGCAAAUCGAAACGACUUUAGUUUAGGGGUUGAUUGGUCAGCUUUCUUAUGGUAUUGAGAGUGCUUUCACAAAAUGCUAGUCUCUGCUCUUCUAACAUCUUUGGGAAUAAAUUCUGGUCUAUGUGUUUUAUUUUUCUUACUCUACUCCAUUAUAAGCAAGCAACCAAGUAAUUAUGAAGUUUAUGUACCACGGUUGCUGGCUAAAGGGAAUUCUAGAAGAAGAAGUCAUUUCAACCUAGAAAGGCUAAUACCUUCUACUGGUUGGAUUAAAAGAGCAUGGAAACGAUCUGAAGAAGAUAUAUUGUCGUCCUCAGGCUUGGACGCUCUGGUUUUUAUGCGAAUUAUUUCCUUCAGUUUGAGAGUAUUUUCAUUUGCUGGGAUAAUAGGGGUCUUUGUUCUUCUUCCAGUGAACUGCAUGGGAACUCAGCUUCAUGAAAUUGACUUCACAGAUUUGUCAAAUAAUUCUUUGGAUUUGUUUACCAUUUCGAAUGUAAAUAUCGGCUCCAAAUGGUUGUGGAUUCACUUUUCUGCUGUGUAUAUCGUCACUAUUUUCAUUUGUUAUCAACUUUAUAAUGAAUAUAAAUAUAUAUCUUCAGAAAGGAUUGCUUAUUUUUAUUCAUCCAAACCUCAGCCACAUCAGUUCACCAUCUUAGUUCGUGGUAUCCCUGUUUCAGUUUGCAGCAGUGUUAGUGAAAGUGUUGAGACCUUCUUUACAGAGUUUCACCCUACAACUUAUCUUUCCCAUAUGGUUGUUCAUCGAACUAGUAAACUUCGGAAUCUCAUUAAUGAAGCAAAGACAUUGUCUAAAAGACUUCUUCACUUGCAAUCAGAACCUUCUCAGCACACGUAUAGACAUAUUGGAUUAUUUGGACAAAGGGUUGAUCUUGUGGAUCAUUAUGGAAAGAAAUUAGUAGACAUAGAGCAGAGUGUGAGGCUGGAGCAAUCUAAUGUAUCAUUGGCGGAAGAAACUCGGGCUGCCUUUGUGUCCUUCAAAUCUCGGUAUGGUGCUGCCAUUGCUUUCCACCUACCGCAAUCAACCAACCCCACACAGUGGGUCACGGAGCAAGCCCCUGAACCUGAUGAUGUUUAUUGGCCCUUUUUUUCUUCAUCAUUCAUGCGGACAUGGAUUUCUAAGCUUGUGGUCAUAGUUGCAUGUAUUCUCCUAACAAUUUUAUUCCUCAUUCCUGUUGUAGUUGUGCAAGGUCUUACUAACCUUAGUCAGUUGGAGACUUGGCUUCCAUUCUUGAAAAGCAUUCUAACCAUCACAUUUUUUGGUCAAGUAAUCACAGGAUACCUUCCAAAUCUAAUUCUUCAGUUGUUUCUUAAGAUUGUGCCUCCAAUCAUGGAGUUCCUUUCCUCCAUUCAAGGAUACAUUUCUCACAGUGAUAUUGAGAAGAGUGCAUGUAAGAAAGUACUUUGGUUCACAAUAUGGAACAUCUUUUUUGCAACUGUGUUUUCUGGGUCAGUGUUAUCCAAGGUUUCCAUCUUUCUUGAACCCAAAAAUAUUCCUGCAAAGCUGGCUGUUGCUGUUCCUGCUCAGGCAUCAUUUUUCAUUGCUUAUGUCGUGACAUCUGGAUGGACAAGCAUUUCUUCAGAACUCUUUCGCAUAAUCCCCCUUAUUUUUUCUCUAGUAACAAGAUGUUGUAAAAAUACAGAUGAACUUGAAGUUCCAUCUCUUCCUUAUCACAGGGACAUCCCGAAAAUUCUUUUCUUUGGACUUCUUGGUAUUACAUAUUUCUUCCUAGCUCCACUAAUUUUGCCCUUCCUCCUGGCGUACCUCUGUCUUGCAUACAUCAUCUUCAGUAAUCAGUUCAUUAAUGUAUACAUGCCUAAGUAUGAGACGGCAGGGAAGUUUUGGCCUAUUGUGCAUAAUUCAAUGAUAUUCUCUCUGGUACUCAUGCAUGCGAUUGCAAUUGGAAUCUUUACAUUAAAGAAGCUAUCUAUUGCAUCAACUUUACUUUUUCCGCUUCCAGUCCUCACGUUGCUCUUCAAUGCGUACUGCCGAAAACGCUUUCUACCCAUUUUUAUUGCUUACCCUGCUGAGGUUUUAAUAAAAAAGGAUAAGGAAGAGGCCAGUGUCCCUGCAAUGGCUGAAUUUUAUGAUAAAUUGGUCACUGCCUAUCGAGAUCCGGCUCUAAUGCCAAUUCAGUACUCUGUGAACUCCGAAAGUCUUAACCGUCCCCUUAUGUCAUCUGCUGAUUUUUAAUCAAAGGAGAAUGGCAUAUGAGCUGCUGGCCCAUAGGACUUGUUGGUGGUAACAUCGAAAAUCCGACCCUUAGUUGAUAUGAAUAUAGACCGAUUUAUUGGAUGAGUUGAUUGGCUAUGGGUCCGUCUCAUUGAUGGUUCUAUUGUAUUUGAUUAGUUGAUAUGUGAAUUCCAUGGAGGGUGUAAUCUGGCUUGAGGAUUGCAGAUAGAGAAACAGAGGGGAAUGCAAUUGCUGGAGAUUAGAUUAGAGUGACUUCAAAUAUUUUCAAUGAAGUUGCUGAAUUUCUAUUUUGUUGGUUCGGCAAAGAAAAGGAGAAGAUUAGGAAAAACUGAGAGCUUCUUGCCACGAUCUGCAGACUGGGGAGAGAAGCUGCUAAACACAACAUUAGGAGAAGGAGUGAGUGUGAUUUUUUUUGAGAAAUAGAAUGAAAUGGUGAGUUUGAAGAAGGAUAUGCUAACCUCCACGCAGACUGCUUUUCAGAUGGCUUAGGGCUCAACCAGUUGCAUAUUAAAAUUGUCUCCAAUUGAUUAGUUCAUGUAUCAAAUUUUCACGAGUGAAAUACUAAGAUUUUUUAUGGUAUUAGGCCUUUGAAAUAUUUUGAAAUUCCCUAUCUGAAUUGAUAAAUAUUUCUUUUGCUACAUUAAAAAUAACACAUUUGUGGACAGCUUUCA